GUCGCUCCGCAGCACAGGCGCGCCACACUCACUAUGGCUUUAGGCGCAAGCAGGACGCUCUUGACACUUUUCGUCACGUUUUGUGCACCGGGAUGCGGAUGGACAGCAGAGAAGCCCCUGCGGACACACAAUGGGAAACAGACCUCUGUGGACAAGGUCCUGAGAGAAAGCUGGGAGCCGUCUAUCCAUCUGGACGGAAGACCCGUCGACCGCUUCGUGAUCAGCUCCAACAAACCCACGAGGUCACACCGCUUCGCUAAAGCGGGCAAGGACAGUCGCUCUCAUCUACUGGAGGAUGUAGACCCUGAAUGGGUUAACCUGGAUGGCUUUGCCGUGUUGGGCGGUGCACCUGUCAACAACUCAUCAGCAGGUCCACUCAGGUUUCCACACACUCCAGCCAGAAAGCAGCUGUCUGUGAGGCGAGCCACCAGGGUGAACAGGACGGCUCAUCCAUCGGGCGUGUCCAAUACCCGGACACAGAGGAGGGCACCUCAGUCCUCCUCGGGUCCCAGGCAGCCUGAUAGAGCUGUGCCAGGAACCCCGCUGCUGCAGAGGAGAUAUCCACACCACACCAAGCCUCAGUCGGAUCAGAGGAACCGUAACGCACACAAACUAACAUCUGAGUCCGUUCAUGUGGUGUCAAUGCAGGCACAGAAAGCCCUUGGUCAAAGCGCAUCCGCCGGCAGAGCAGUCGCAACCAAAACAACCACACCAGAGCCACCAGAGUACGAGGCCCGGGACAUAAGUGUCAGGGUCAUGUCUCCUCAGUCCGUCCUCAUCUCCUGGGUUGACCCUGCAGUGGAGAUGGGGAAAGUCGCCCCCGGGGCAUCCAGAUCCUACACAAUUAGGUUCAGGGAGAAGGGUGAAUCGGCACGCUGGGAGUACAAGGAAAGCACCCAGAGGAGAAUGAUGGUCGAAACCCUGUCCGCUGACGGCAUGUACGAGUUCUCCGUCAGAAUCUCUCAAGGAGAAAAUCAUAGCAAGUGGAGCGUCUCAGUCUUUCAGAGGACUCCUGAGUCAGCACCAUCUGGACCACCAGAGAAUUUUGAAGUCAAGCCACUACGAGGGAAAGGAACAGCUGUCGUAGCAACAUGGGAUCCACCUGAGGAACCCAAUGGCAGGAUAAGAGAGUACAUCCUGUCAUAUGCACCUGCUAUGAAGCCAUUUGGAAUGAAGAGUGUGACGUUACGUGGCAGCAUCACCACAGCCACCGUCGAUGGACUCAAACCGGGAGACCGGUACAUCUUCAAGAUCAAGGCCACCAACAGGAGGGGGCAGGGACCACAGAGCAAGGCCUUCAGUGUUGCCAUGCCAGGAUCCAGCAGCACGGCCUCAUCAUCCUCUAAAACCAAGGAAACCCCCAGAGCAAGCCACACUCCUUCCAAACAGGAUACUGACCAUGACGAAUCUGACCUCUUGUCAACAGAGGCACCAGAGGAGCCAACAACAACCCCUCCACCACGACCUGCUGCACCUGUCAACCGGCGUAAACACCCGCUCUCCCAGUCACGCUCUUAUCACAGCAUCUUGUCCACUGUGAGGGGCUCGGUGAGGAACACAGGAAACAGAGAUUCCUCCAAAAGAAGGGCUCAAGACAGGGAGGAGGAAGAAGAGGAGGAAGAAGAGACAAUACCCACAACGCCAUCUCCACCAGAGGAACCAACAACAACCCCUCCACCACGACCUGCUGUACCUGUCAACAGGCGUAAAAACCCGCUCUCCCAGUCACGCUCCUAUCACAGCAUCUUGUCCACUGUAAGAGGCUCGGUGAGAAACACAGGAAACAGAGGUUCCUCCAAUAGAAGGGCUCAAGAUAGGGGAGGAGAGGAGGAAGAAGAGACAAUUCCAACAACGCCAUCUCCAGUAGAGGAGACGACAACCAUGGAGACAAAAGAGCCAGAUAACAAUGUUUCCCUUGACCCUGAGGAUGACGUGGACUAUGAUGAGGAUCCGCCAACUACUGAGAGCCCCAACCUCAAAGUUAUUACACCCUCACCAACUAAAUCGGCUACUGCUCGUCCCAAAACACAACCCAGAAGGCCCGUAAGGAUUAGGGUCCAUGACAGACCGGUAUCCAAGGGGGCCUCCUCCUCAUCUACUUCUUCAUCAUCUUCAACUUCCUCCUCCUCAGAUGCCUCCUCAGAUGGCUCCUCAUCGUCGUUUCCCUCAACCUCAUCAUCAACUUCCUCCUCCUCUGAUGCCUCCUCAUCUUCGUUUCCCUCUACUUCCUCUUCAUCCAGCUCAACCUCAUUAUCAUCUUCUUCCUCACAUAAUCAAGAGUCAGCAGCUAGUAGAAAGGACUAUGUAGCUUCUACGUACCCAAAGAGUAAAGACACCUACGAUAAGACCAGUAUGACAUAUAACAAACCUUCCACUCCAGUUGUAAAGGAGGAUAGUUCACAGCAGUCAGAGGCCACAGCUUUAGGAAGAGGGCGUCACAGUGGGUCUAGUUUUGGUUUCGGACGAAGACAACCUGGAAUUUUGUUUAGAGGGAAUUCAAGUCGAAUGUCCAAUGGUUACAAACCUGCCAUCACCUCACAGUCAAAUUUGCCAAGCAGAACUCUAACCCAAGCAACAUCAAACACACGAGCUUCAGCAACAACACAAGAAAAGACUGAAAACCAUGAAACAUUACAUACUUUCAAUCCAACAACAUCAAAGCCAACUUCAGGAAGGGCGUCCAACGGUCACACAACAUCUGAAACAAAUCACUUUGACAAAUCGCAGAGCAGCUCACAGUCCAGGUCACAUGGCAACUCCCAGCACCCGUCCACUGCAGCCACAUCAGGCUCUUCUCCGUCAACAUCACACGGAGGAUCUCACAGCUCUCCAACUUCUCACAGCCCGCACAAUUCACAGACUUCACACACAUACAGUGAGGGAAAUGACAACACAGAUGCAGAAGUAGCCAAAGACGAGGAGCCAACAGAGGAGGAGAGAACUAAUAAAAAACCUGUGGUUUCCCGGACCCGAAUUAGUUCCUCCUUGGUCGAAAAAUUCCCUUGGCUAGCAAGUCGUUAUCCAGGAAGAUUCAAUUCAGGAACAAGGGUGUCAUCUUCGAGGCAGGACGGUAGGACCCCUUGGACUCGGACUUCGGCCUCUGUAGGGGCUGGCAGACCCAUCUUGAGGGGGGCACCCACUCGGGUCGCAGCUGCUUCGGGUGCUGCAGGAGUGUCCACAAUUCAAGAGACCAGUGAAGAUCUGAAGACUCCUGUCACUCAUGAAUCAGUUAAAUAUGGGGUUGUGGCGGACUCGACUAAGCCAUCUCUGACAGAUACAAGUAUGGCAGCUAGUGAUACGAGAAACCCAACUACCUCAUCCUCCUCUUCCUCAGUAUCCUCUUCUUCAAAUUCCCGUCAUUCUUUAGGUGGACACGAGGACACAAUUGAGCCUAUACUUAGUGGAACAUCUUAUGACAAUAAUAAUAAGGACGAUGUGGAUGAGGGAAGUAGAGAAGUCAGUGGGAGAAAUGAGGAAGUUGCAGACCCCACAGCUGCCCAGAAGAAUCCUGCUAUAACAUCAGCAGACCCUCAAAGAAACACAGAGGACAAUGAGAGUGUGGAUACAAUGGACACUUCUUCCAGGACCAGGACAGGCACGUCUUUAGGAGCCACUUCAACUCACCGACGUCUUGGUGUAGGAACUAAUGGGAGGGGACGCUCCCCUCUGUUGGCUAACAGGCAGUUUGGUGGAUCUAGACUUCCCUUCAGACCACAACCAGCACAGAACUCGAGGGUGGAUACUUCAGCAUCACAAUCUUCUUCAUCAAAUUCACCAGUGUUGACCUCAGAUCGCGAAGCUGGCACUGGUACUGCUGUGACAAACACAGGGGGAAUAAAUGGAGGAAACUCCCAGUCCACACUGCCGUCUUCAUCAUCUUCAUCUUCCUCUAGGGAAAGCUUUAGGGGACAAGGGGGUAGGUCUCGAUAUCCCAUCAUCAGAGGGAAACCAAUCAAUGGAGGAGCUGUCAAUGGAAAUGGUAAAAAUGGUCGACCCAACCUAACAGCAACUAACAGUAAGGAUUCCUCCUCCUCCUCUCAUGGAACCAGUAAGGCCGUUGGUCAAAAGUUUAUCACAGGACCAGAUGGAAGCAAAUGGGUGGUAGACUUGGAGAGAGGGAUUCUUAUGAACCAGGAUGGACGAGUUCUCCAGGACUCCGAUGGCAAACCUAAGAGAGUCAUCCUUGGCGAGGAUGGACGCACAAUUUUUGACCACAUGGGCAGUCCCCUGCUAAACAAUGAAGGCAUGGCUCUGUUCGGCCAUGGCAGAGAUAGUCAGCCAGUGGUCAACCCCAAAGAGAAGCUCCUCAUGGUCGGAGGGAAACCUUUACUUGGCUUGGACCUACCCCGCUUUAGGGCUCCGAUCAAACCCCAAACCACCACCACCACCGUGGCUCCUACCACCACACCUGAACCCACCACCCCUGAAUGGACCACAGAGGAGUCUACCACAGCAUUGAAAUUCCCAACCUGUCCACCAGGAACCUUCGCUAAGAUAGAUGAAUAUGGGUAUCCAGUGAUGGACCAAGACGGAAUAUUAGACUGUUAUCCAGAAGAGGAAUCCUCAGGAUUGGAAAUGGACUACAUGGUUACAGUGACCAUGGUGCCUGAUGCUUUAGCUCUUAAGAAAGAUGAGUUUUUUGAGCAGACCACCCAGCAGCCGCCCACAACCACCGAUCCCACCACCACCACAGAGAUCUCGACUGCCGAGCCGCAAACCAGACCUUCCAACCAUGGACCUUCAUCUGAGUUUGACCUCAGUGGGAAGAAGCGAUUCACAGCUCCCUAUGUGAACUACAUCCGGAAGGACCAAGCGUCCCCCUGCUCCCUGACGGAGGCUCUGGAGUUUCUACAGGUGGACGUCCUGGAAGACCUGAUGAAGAGGGACAGGAUCCAAGCCAAUCAGAACCAGCCUCCCAAAAACAAGCCCCAGAACUUCACCGUGGUCGCCAUGGAGGGAUGCCAUUCGUUUAUCAUCCUAGACUGGGCCCGCCCACUGAAAAAUGACAUGGUGUCAGGCUACAUGGUUCACAGUGCGUCAUAUGAUGAUGUGCUCAACAAUAGAUGGUCUUCUAGAUCCUCCAGUGGGACUCACCUGCCUGUGGAGAAUCUCAAACCCAACUCAAGGUACUACUUCAAAGUGCAAGCCAAGAAUGUUUUCGGUUUGGGACCAGUCAGCGAAACACUCACCUAUGUGACUGAAUCAGACGAUCCUCUUCUCAUCGAAAGGCCACCUGGUGGAGAACCAAUCUGGAUCCCCUUCACCUUCAAAUACAACUCGGCCCACAGCAGCUGUAAGGGCAGCCAGUACGUCAAGCGGACCUGGUACAGGAAGUUCGUGGGCGUGGUUCUGUGUAACUCACUGCGAUACAAGAUUUUCAUGGGAGACGGUCUUCGAGAGCCUUUCUACAGUAUAGGAGACACAUUUGGACAGGGAGAGGACCACUGCCAGUUUGUGGACUCCUACAGGGAUGGAAGGACGGGCCCGGCCUACCUUUCAAAUAUUCUGCCCUCAGCACAGGGUUUUUAUCGAGCGUACCGACAGGAGCCCGUCACAUUCGGAGUCGUUGGCAGACGUACACCUCAUCCAUUCGUGGGUUGGUAUGAAUGCGGUGUGCCCAUCCCUGGGAAGUGGUAACACAGGAGGAGGAAGAGGAGGAGGUGAUAUUUCUAUCAAGGGCAACUGGUCUGCAUCCCGCUGCAGGCUCACACCUUCACUGGUCCUGCCCGGAAACACAGACUUUUGCCUGCCAUGCGAAAAAGACACCACUACAAGUUUAUUACAGCUUCACAGAAAGAGAAUAUAGUACUUUUUAAACAACUCAAUGUAUAUCGUUACAAUGCACUUUUUAUAUAAAGCAGUCUGUAUAUGAGGGGAAAAGAAGCAUGUGUGCUCUCACUUAGUUUAACGCUUGUCUUAAAGUGUCCUUGUACUAUUCCCAACUCUGCCAGAGACAGGCCCUUCUCCAGUGUUAUUUAUCUCAUCAGUAAUGCACACACGGUCAAAGCAGGGACAUUGGACCAAAGCACAGGCUGCGAAGAAAACUGUAAGAAUGGGCACUUGAGGUGUGUAUAGGUCUGUUUAUUUUCAAUCAUGACAUUUGUCUUUCAUAAUGUAACGGCUUCUGAAAGCUACUUUUGAUUUGUUCAUAUGUGUCCUUAAAUCUGCAUACAGAUUUUUGGGGGUAUUCACCAGAUUUCAUUAAGAGUUACUGUGUAAGUUUUGUGUGUAUACGUACAAAAGAAUAAAAGACCAAAUAUUUGCUCAGGAACUGUGGGAGAUUCAAUAAAAGGUGCUAAGGAAACCACGACAAUCCCAAAACAUGAAUCAUAACA